UCUGGGUCCUGUAGAGGCGGCUUCGCUGGCGAGCCGAGCGGAAGAGCCGCCGCCGCCGCCGCCACCGCUGCUGCCUUGAGCCGCUCCAACUUCCCGGCCCCGCCGCCCGUUCCUCCGCCCGCCCCCUUUCCUGCGCCCCGGAUGCGCCGGGCGGGGAGGCGGCCGCCCGCGGGGUCCCAUUCUGCGCCGGGGUCCCUCUGGGGCAGGUGCUGCUGCUGAGCCCCACUGGCGGCGGCGGCGGCAGCAUUUCGGUGCAGGCUCCGGCUGGGGAGGCUUAAUCCGGCUGGCGACGGCGCGCGCGCAACGCGCAACCCCCACUCCCCCUCCCCCGACUGGCCGGAGCGGCGGCGGCGGCGGCUCCUCUCGCGGCUUGGACGGCGGCUGUUCCGGCUGCGGAUCGCUCCGGUCCCGAGCCGUGCGUGUUGUAUAGGACACCUGCCUGAGACAAUUAUGGCCCUGGAUCUACACUGAAGACAGUCCUGGUUUCUUCCAAAUCGUUUUUGUGUUUUAGGAUUAUUACUCUGUUGCUUGGUUAUUUUCCACAGCGGCCGGGGGCUGUUCUGCGAUCGGGGCUCUCCUUCCGUUGGAAAGAUGUCUGACCCCGGCCCCCAUCAGUCCCCUGGAAUUAAGCCGGGGAAAAACAACCCCAGUGACUCUCAGCCCUCCGCCAAUUCGGAAAGGAGGAAUAAAAGCGGGAUAAUCAGCGAACCUUUGAAUAAAAGUCUUAAGAAGUCCCGCCCGCUGUCCCACUACUCCACUUUCGGCAGCACCAGCUCGUUAAGCGAACAUUCGGAGAAAGUUGCCCCCGUAGCCAAUGGCAAUGAAGCUGCUCUGGAUAAAAGCAAUUCUACCUCAAAGCACAAAAACAUCGCCGACCUGCUGAGCAAAUCAGAUCUUUCUUCAGAGGGACAGAGCAUCUUGCAGCAGUUCGCCCAGUCGACGGAGCUGCUCAAAAGAGUCGUCCAGGAGCACAUUCCCUUGCCGAACGACCACGGCAUGGGCAUCUCAGACAUGGAAGCGGUUUCGGCGGCAGAGACGAUGAACAGCCCGUCUGAUUUUCCUUACCUGGGGGCUUUUCCGAUCAACCCCGGCCUUUUCAUCAUGACCCCUGCUGGGGUGUUCCUGGCGGAGAGUGCGCUCCAUAUGGCCGGCUUAGCCGAGUACCCAAUGCAGAAUGAGUUGGCGUCUGCCAUCAAUUCAGGGAAAAAGAAACGGAAACGCUGCGGCAUGUGCCCUCCGUGCAGACGACGGAUAAACUGCGAGCAGUGCAGCAGUUGUAGGAACCGUAAAACUGGGCACCAGAUUUGCAAAUUCCGGAAAUGUGAGGAACUUAAAAAGAAGCCUUCUGCCGCGCUGGAGAACAUAAGAAUUGCCAUGUUGGAUCAGCCCAAGGUCCGUCGAACCCAGAACUCUGUUUCCAGCCAGCCAGAUGCCCCUGGGAUCUCACAAGCAGCGCAUUGAGAAAGUGAUGCUUCCUACAGGCGCGGCCUUCCGAUGGUAUCAGUAGGAACAAGAAUCCAAAGCUCGGUCAUCCAGUGCCAUGUCGCUGCUUGCUUGUGUUGUCUCAGGCAAGGAAUUUUUUGGGCGGAAAACGAAUGGAUGCGCCUGCGUCUCCUUUAGAACCAAAAAUAUUUUCUCGCAGAUUUCAUUCCUGUUUUUAUAAUAUUUUUUUUUGGCAUUUGUUUUAACAUCUCCAAGUACUAGUAAAACAAACAUUAACUGCUUUUCAAAUAAAAUUUUUAAACAAGGAAUCCAUAAAGUACCAAGACGUAAUAGAGUAUGGACAAUCAAUUGAUUUUUAUUUUCCUGUGUUUUGGUGUUGAUGUGGUUUUAUGUGUGGAAGAUGCAGUUCUUGUGUAGAGAAUGUAAAUUUACAGUAACCUUUUAAAAUCUAGUUACUAAUAAGCACUACUGUAAUUAGCACAGCUGUUAACUCAUUCAUUUUUUUUUACUUGAUUAAUUUCCAUCAUUAAAGAAAAAAAUAGUGUGGAUAGUUUCUAGAAUGCCUCAAUUUCAUGUUAUAAAUGAAAAUAUGUUUAAAAUGAAGUAGUUUCCCUUUUCCCUAACCAUACACAUAAAAUAAGGUUUAAUCAUGUUUGGUAUUAAAAAGUGGAAGUGUAUCGCAAAACAGGCAAGAUUUUUUAAAGCAAAGUAAAAAAACAACAACUAUUGUGUUUAGAAACAAGGAAAAAAAACACCCAACUGCACACUAAAAAACAAACUCUGGAACUAAUUGCAACGAUUCGCUUUUAGAAACCAUUUGAAAAAUGUUACUGGAAUUCAGAUAAUAAGCUACUGCGGGUUCUGUACUGAAAAACAAUUGCAAUGAGUCCUUUUUUUUCUUCUGUUCCAAGCCCUCCUUUCCUGCUUUCUCACCGCCACUAAACUGAAAGGCUGUUUGUAAUGUUCUAGCAAUUCGGGCUGUUUUGUGAAUAAAAAUGAAAGCAUG